CAGCUAGUCUGGCUCGGUUCUCCUUCCGCACAGUCGGGGUUUCCGUUUCCCUCCUGUGCGCAGGGUGAGAGGGAGCGAGGCCGAGCUCCGGCCGUCGCCGCCAUGUGGCCCCCAGACCCGGAGCCCGACCCGGACCGCGAGCCUGCCGGCCGCUCCCAGCCCCGCGCGGCCCUUCCCGGGCUCCGCGCCCUCCUGCCGGCGCGCGCCUUCCUCUGCUCGCUCAAAGGCCGCCUCCUGCUGGCGGAGACGGGUCUCUCCUUCAUCACCUUCGUCUGCUAUGUGGCGUCCUCAGCAUCCGCCUUCCUCACUGCGCCCCUGCUGGAGUUCCUGCUGGCCCUCUGCUUCCUCUUUGCUGAUGCCAUGCAGCUGAACGACAAGUGGCAGGGCUUGUGCUGGCCCAUGAUGGACUUCCUACGCUGUGUCACAGCGGCCCUCAUCUACUUCGCCAUCUCCAUCACAGCUGUGGCCAAAUACUCGGACGGAGCUUCCAAAGCAGCCGGGGUGUUUGGCUUCUUCGCCACCAUCGUGUUUGCAAUUGACUUCUACCUGAUCUUUAACGAUGUGGCCAAAUUCCUCAAACAAGGGGACUCCGCAGAUGAGACCACAGCUGACAAGGCAGAAGAAGAGAAUUCCGACUCUGACUCCGACUGAAGACCCGACCUGCCCUGGCAGCCUGAGCCACGCAGGCCUCCGUUCCUGCACCUUCUGACCAUGCUGGCUGGCCGGAGUGUGGCCAGGGGACCGUGUGUGUUGGGAGGGAGGCUGUGACUUCUCGAGCAGCAGCGGGAGUUGCUGACGGAGCAGGCCUCCUCACAGCCCCAGGGUGACGUUCCUGAGCCCGGCAUACAUGAUGGCACCCCUUGGCUUAGCACUCUCCAGCCUCUCUGCUCGUGAGGGCAUCGUUCCGCCACUUCUCGUUUCUGUCCCACAGACCUUAAGCCCUUAAACCUCUGCCAAAAAUAAGCACAAGGGGACAACGCAGAUAGAGCCUUGUUAUACCAUCCCAGGAAGCACUUCACGCUGUGGUGAGUGCGGGGGAGAGACAAGGCACAAACCGGCGGAGGGCCGUCCCCUGGGCCCCAGUGGUUUCUGUCUGCAUCUGGUGCCCCUGCUCCCGGCAGGCAUCUUGUGGAGAACGAUGCUUCCAAGAUUCUUUUGUUCAAGGAGCAACAGUUCCCUCUUCAUUCUUGAAGCAGGGAGAAAACUGGCCUUUGCUGUAUGAUCUAGGAGAGAGUGGGUCCCAGUGCCCAUGAGUGAUACCUUACACCCUUGGAGACCGUAUCUUCUUCAGAUGACAUGCCUCUUCUGGGUCUAAGACUGUUUCAAGAAGAGCUCGUAGACUAGCUUACCAGGUCCAAGAGAUCGAGGGCUCCAAACGACAAAGUGGCAGUGACAGCCCCCAGGGCAGCUGGGCAGGCCCAGCCAAACCCUGUCUUUCCCUGGGCCGUCAGCAGGCGAGAGGCUCUCGGGCCCUCAGGACAAUGUGCUUCUGAGCACCUGACCCUCACGAGGGGCGAGACGUGCCUUCUGUAUUCACCUAAGGACCUUAUUAUGCUGUGCAUGUAUCUUCAAUGGGAUUUUGUAACUUUAUAAUUUUUUUUUUUUUUUUACACAAAAGCAGCUUCUUAAAUGGCAUUUCCUGUGACCCAAGAGGCCUUGUGAAUGAGCCAGAGUUCUGGACCCACGUUUUGGGCAUUUGUAAUCUUUGUUCUUCUCUUGCAUGUGAAUCUCCUACCCUGAAAAAAGCCAUAAUGGAUUAAAUCAGACUGACUUCCUGCUUGGAGUGUGUGUGUUUGAAAAAAACCUUACACACCCGGAGCAACGCUGCCGGGUGUCAUGCGUCAGCACAGAGUGGUCCCAUGCGCCGUGUGGAUCCUGGCAGCUCCAGGUUACAGCAAUGAUGCACGCGCACUUGCUCCCCGCCAGGCCCCCGCUAGGCGUCUGCACGUGUACUCUACACUUCACACAAUCCUCUUUCACAGUUCAGGAAACUGACGGAAGGUUCGGUGACUUGCCCAGGUCCUCACAAGAGGCCCAGGAUCUCACCCACACAUCAGGCUAACGUCCCGUGGUAAGUCAGCGCUUUGGCCCCGGCGAUGGAAAAGGAUCGAGGCAUUCUGCCCCAACUUUCACACACAGUGUGUUCUGAAAACACGUAUGAAAGUGGACUGUGCAGAAGCCGACGGGCCUGUGGGUGUGGCCCCAACUCGCCAGGCCCAGCCAAGCCGCCUGUGGACAGCCACACCGCGGAGUCCUCACCCCCAACUGUGGCUGUGUUCAACCCCCGCCCUACGGGCCUGUUUCAGGAUCCGGGCCACAGCCUUUGAAGAGGCGGGAGGCGAGGCAGAGCGAAGAAAGAGAUGAUACUGUUUUUACAUGUCCGUUUAUUAAACAAGAACUCCUUCAUGACAAUUUAAUACAGCAUUUAUUAGCGA